UCAAGGUGGAGUUAGGGUUUAGGAGACGUGUGGCUUCGAGAGCUCCACGUCGGGAGAGUUUAGCGGCGGCGGAUGUCAUCGGAGGAGACUCGAGAUUUCUUCACUAAACCCUUUGCUGAUUAGUUGUGUCCAGACAGCUCCUAAAGCGUGCCAUAAAAAAAAAAUCAAAAACUUUGAAGCUCUCUGGGAGUUUGGAGGAAACUCAAAGGAAGAUGGCGAAGUGGUCGAUCGUUAAGAGAAUCACCGUAUUUGGUGGUUCAUUCAAUUCUAUGAAACAUAUGGUGUUGGCUCCUGCUGAGUUGAGCUGGACCUGCUCCUUCUCGGCGAUGCACUCUUUGAUAGACACAGGAGGAGGAGAAGAAGUCCCGAAGAAAACGGCUGAGAACAGUGGUAGUAGUGGUUCAAACUCCAUCAGAAGAAUCGAUGAUUACACGAGUCUUGUGGAGAAAUAUAGAAGAGAUGGGAACCUUUCUGCUGCGUACGACUUGUUACACUCCUUGCAAGACAAGAAGAACAUUUGCUUCCCUGUUUCGGUCCUGAACAACCUUCUUGCAGCAGCGGGUGGGGAGAAGGAUACGAAGCUCUCUUGCAGAGCUUUCAGAUUGCUGUUGUUCCAAGCGGCGGGUACUGCGCCUCUGAGUUGGGAUUGUUAUCUCAACCUCGCCAGAGCCUUUAUCGACACCGAUGAUUGCUUUCACUUGUUGGACCUUCUAAGAGAAGUGUCGGUGUCUUCUCUUCCGUGUAGGUUAAUAGUAAUAAACAGAACCAUCCUUGCGUUUGCCGAGUCUCGACAGGUCGAUAAGGUAGUUAAGAUACUUGAUAAGAUGAAAGAGUGGGAAUGUAAACCAGAUGUUAUCACGUACAACUCGGUUUUGGAUGUGUUAGGACGAGCUGGCUUAGUCAAUGAGAUGCUUAAGUUAUUGUCAUCGAUGAAGGAAGAGUCCGAUGUGUCUCUCAACAUCAUUACAUACAACACGGUGUUAAACGGGACGAGGAGAGCUUGUAGGUUCGAUAUGUGUUUGGUGUUAUACCAAGAAAUGGUUGGGUGUGGGAUCGAGCCUGAUCUGCUCAGCUACACAGCAGUGAUAGACAGUUUGGGUCGAUCGGGGAACACGAAGGAAGCGUUGAGGCUCUUCGAUGAGAUGAAAGAGCGGGAGAAGAUCCGACCGUCAGUUUAUGUCUACCGAGCAUUGAUCGAUUGUCUGAAGAAGUCAGGAGAGUUUCAGAGGGCAUUGCAGCUUUCAGAUGAGUUGAAGAACACUUCAUCGUUAGAUUUGGCAGGUCCACUAGAUUUCAAACGGUACUUGAGACCACUUAGACGCUAAAAAGGCCUCUAGUUUUCAGCAGAUGUGUGUUUCAAUUUUUGGUAAGGCAUAUGUAAUGAAAAUCAAAACACAAUUUUGAUUUUGAUUUGAAGAACCUGAUAGAAUGACAAUAAAGGUUUUAAAAAAAUUGUAUUGAUGGA